AUGGCUGCUAUUGUUGAAGGUCCCACUCCUAAGUAUGAGUGCUUGCUAUUUGAUUUGGAUGAUACACUGUAUCCUCUUAGUGCUGGCAUCAAUCUUGCUUGCCGCAAAAAUAUUCAAGAUUACAUGCGUGACCAUCUGCGAAUUGAAGAAAGCCAAAUUGCAGAGAUGUGCCUGGAACUUUAUAGGGAAUAUGGCACCACAAUGGCUGGUCUUAAGGCAUUAGGUUACGAGUUUGAAAACGAUGAAUUUCAUUCAAAUGUUCAUGGUAGACUGCCAUAUGACAAUCUGAGGCCUGACUCUGUUUUGAGGACCCUUCUACUUUCCAUUCCACAAAGAAAAAUAAUAUUUACAAACUCGGACAAGGUUCACGCGGAAGAGGUUCUGCGCAGGCUGGGUUUGCAGGACUGCUUUGAGGGUGUGAUAUGCUUCGAGACAUUGAAUCCACCAGCCAUGACGAGCAAUGGCCUAUGCAAGUCCCAGGAGGAUCCUAUGGCGCUCUCUGGUGAACCAUCUUCCGACUUGGACGAUCUCUACGGAUCGGAUGGCAGACCAAAAUCACCCAUCCUGUGCAAACCCACUAUUGAAUCAAUGGAAGCCGCAAUUCAGAUAGCAAAUGUUGAUCCUAAGAAGACAAUCUUCUUUGAUGACAGCACCAGGAAUAUCGCUACCGGAAAGGCUGCAGGCUUCCACACCGUGAUUGUUGGUAGGUCAACACUCGUUCCAGGGGCUGAUCAUGCACUGGAGAGCAUCCACAACAUCAAGGAGGCGUUGCCCGAGAUAUGGGAAGUCCACGACUGGUCAGAAUUUGACGCUGUUCCUGCUUCUGCCGCGGUAGAAACAUCGGUUAUUGCUUGA